AUGGCUGUCAACUAUAUUUCUGAUUCUCCGAUCAGUAAUGCGUUGCCUUCGCCCGUGAUUAGCGAUGCCGCGGCACAAAAACGGUCAAUCCGAGUGUGCGCUGUUUGUGGUGAUACCCCUGCCAAAUUGCAUUACGGCGUCUUGGCCUGUUUUGGUUGUAAAGGUUUCUUCCGAAGGGCCGUCAAGGAAGGAAGGAACAAAUAUGUAUGUCGUUACGACAAGCAAUGCAAGGUGGACAAAUGUAGGGGUCUUCUGAAAGUUUUCUACCUUCAAAUUAAUACUGAUUUAAUGUUUUUUCCAUAUUUAGAUGAAAGAAAUAGUUGUCGCUAUUGUCGCUUCCGACGUUGCUUGGAAGUUGGCAUGAAUCCUGAUGGUAAGUGCAAAUGUUUCUGGUUACGCAAUAUUAACAUUCCUAGCUGUGCGGCCGGAUCGAAGCGAAGGGACGGGUCGAAGUCGCAACAAAUCUAUCUCUUCGGAGCAAAUCAAGUCCAUCCACGCUUCCUCGCACUUCCGGUUGACUCGGCAAGACUCAAGUCGGCCAGCUGAAACUAUUGCCGUGGCAGACAUCACCAAGGGCCAAGAGUAGGUGUUUGAUGUCCAUUUCUCAUCACAAACAAAUGUAAAAACAAUUCUUUUGUUUUCAGCGAAUUGGUUGACGAGAUCACAAAGCUCGAAGACAGAAGCAUAAAAGAUUGUCGAACGCAGAGUCUGGAUUCGGUCAAGAAUUUUACACUCAAGAGUUUAAUCAACGAACGCAUUCUCGCGUCAACCGAACAAGUAAUUGACUAGUUAGCCAACGGGACUAAUUCCGUACCAAUCUUGCAGAAUCGGCCAAUCUACGAGAACGGAGACAACUCCUUCCAUGCCCUGUGGCGGAUUGUUCAGGUGGUUGAUUGGGUGAAUGGAUUGUGUGCCCUGGCCCUUGAAAAAACGGAAACUGCAGACACAUUCACGGUAGAAGACAAGGUCGCAAUUGUACAGAAUGUUUUCACCAGAAUAACCUUUUUUCGUUUGUGUGUGGAUCGAGUUUUAGAGAGAGAAACAGACCAAUUGGCCGUUCUGCGCACACUUUUCUUAGAAGAGUGAGUUGAGACGGGGCAAGGGACAAGGAAAAACAAAUUUUAUUUGUUUAGAGACGACUUGGUUUAUAAUUCGGCCAGUGAAGAUGUAAUUCGUCCAUUGAAGAAGACCGCCGUCACCAAGACGGAGUUAUUGCUUUUCCAGGCCAUCUUAACCUCGGAUCCGGCCAUAAAAGGAAUAAGGCCCGCAGCGUCAGAUCUGUUGUCACAGUUCCGUAAUCUCCUUCAAGACUCGCUGCUGGAGGUCAUCAAAAAAUCUCACCCCUUUGGAAUUUCAUCUUUCGCGCAAUAUGGCAAUAUGUUACUGCUGACCCCUGCUAUUAUAGUAGGUACCCCACGUAAUCAGUUUAUAUUAAACUUCAGACUAUAUCGGAUCGACUCCACUCAGCUCUCCAACAACAAUUCCCUCUGUCUGUGCCUGUGGGAGAGGCCCCUCACUUCCGGCUACUCCAAUAUCUUGCUAAUCCCGAUACCACUGACUACCUCCGAUUCCCGCAGUUCAAUCGCAAAUUAUUUACAACAGAGAAGCAGGAGAAACUCCCAGAGGCACCGAUGCCACUGACAAACACCUGGCAGACCUUUGCAAAUGCCUUUACCGAGAUUCAUAUGACAAAUCAUUUGAACGCAUCGUGUCGAGGUCCCACUUUCUCUUUGAUGUCAGCUCUAAAUCCAUCCUUGCAUGGUCCUUCUUUUUACACCGCCCCGUCCCUCUUCCCAAAUCAGCCCCUGCCUGAUCCACCUCCUAGUUGUUCUGCUUUUGUUACUGUUCCAGCACCUCCUCUAACAGUAACCGCCCCAAGUCCGUCCACAGAAGUCUUAACGCCACAAGGAAUUUCCUUGAGCAGUCCGGGUGGAAGUGCAGAUAUCUGUGGAACAAUUGCAUAUCCCUUGAGUAAUUCCUCCACCGAUUCUCAACAAGGUCGACACAAUCGACUGGAAGUUCCGAGUUCAACAAAUCAACCCUUACAUAGUAAUGGAAGGGUUUACAAGCUACCUCUCCAAUUAACCAAAUCCAUUGAAGAGAUGCUAAAACCCCCAGGGCAGACUCAAGAUGACCUCAAUUGGAACAAACCGCUGACGAUGGACUGGGCUGAUCUCCAAGUUAGUACCCCUGCAUUUAACAAAGAAGUCGCCAAAUUCUUCCCCGAAACCGCGCUACCAAAUAAUGUGUAG